AUGGGAAGCAUAAUCAACGGACCGUACCACGGUUGUGUAGAACAGGAACAAGGCGAGGUCCACGUGGAUGACGAGUUAUUCCACCGUGAUGUGUCCUUUCCAUCUCUUAUUGAAUUUCAUGCACGUUGGCAGCCUUCGCGCGUCUGCAUCGUUUCGAGCUCGGCAACAUAUGAUUUCGAGAGUCUCUGGAGCCUAGUAAUGGUGAACGCCGGUCGAUUUUCCCAUCAAGGAGUCAACCAAAGAUCAAAAGUGGCCAUAGUGUCAGAAUCAUCUCCUGCUUCGAUAGUGGCUUUGCUUGCCGUUCUCAAAAUCGGAGCAAUUGGUGUGCCCCUAAGCUCUGCGCUCCCCACGUCUCGCAUUCAAUCUAUGGUCCAAAUAGGCAAGCUAACACACUUGAUUGCCAUGACGCCUCAGUCGCAGCAAACCAGCCUGACUGAUGUGGUCCAUAUCACCCUUGAUCUGGAGUUACAAGCGCCAAGUACCAUCCUCGAAAUCGAUCCACUCCCAGAAGUAGAUCCUCAAGCACCAGCCAUUGUUAUAUUUACCUCGGGCAGUACUGGAGAGCCGAAAGGUGUUAUACACUCUCACGCGAGUCUCAGUACGAUGGCCCUUGCUGUAGGCAGAGCCUUGCACUUAACUCCGGAAGAGCGCAAUUUCCUCUUUCCACCUUUUGGCUGGGCGGUUAACAUUAUCGACACUUUUGCGACCCUCGUAAGCGGCGCUUGUCUUUGCAUACCGACAGAGACCGAGAAAUCGCAAGGAUUGGAAGAUGCAAUAUGUCGUUUUGCUGCUACUCGCACGACACUUCCACCUUCCGUACUGGGAAUCAUGGAACCAAGCACCGUCCCUCCUGUGAAAAGCAUCGUCCUUGCUGGGGAGCCAAUGCGCCCAGACAUGUUCCUCACCUGGAGUCCUCACGUGAUACUUUACUGGAAUUAUGGCUCUUCAGAGACGCUUAUGGUGCUAGCAGGAAACGCAGCGGAGCGCGAGAGCAACGCAUUGAAUGCCGGUCAUGCUCUUCCAUCCUGCAGUUGCUACGUUCUUGAUGAAAACGGCAACGAGCUUCCACCUGAUCAGCCUGGUCAGCUCGUUAUCGAAGGCCAUACCAACUUCAUGGGCUACUUACGAGACGGCGAAGCCUGCAGUCCUGAGCGCGGACAGAGCGGCUGCGUAAUUGUACGCUCUGGAGAUCUUUUUGAGCAAGACGGUCGAAAUGCAGCAUUUGUCCACCGUGGACGAAUCGACUCUCAGCUGAAAAUUUCAGGCCAGCGGUUCGAGCCACAGGAGGUAGAAAACAAGCUCUGGUCAGCUCUUAGAGACGUCAAGGAGUUGGCUGUUACAGUAGCCAUGUUGAAAGGAAAUGCGAGAGGACCUGUUCUUGUGGUGGUAGUUGCCCUCGAAAACAAAGACUUUGCCAGGGAUUCUUCUCACGCGCGUUUGAACUGCUCAUUCGAACGCCUUGUACAGACACUCCCACCUUACAUGAUUCCGAUCGGAGCCCUGGAAAUCGACAAACUCCCAAGGUUUCAUAACGGCAAACUCGACCGCAAAGGCAUCGUAUGCUUAGCAGAGCAGCGAGCUGUCACCGAUUUGAUGGAUUUACGGCCUCCACACGAGGAUCAAACGAAGAACCUUGACAUUGGCUUAGCAAGCAAAGUGGCUCUCGUUUGGGCUAGAGUCUUGAGUUUAGACUCCAAAGACGUCAAAUCUCCCUCUAGCUUCUUUCUCCUGGGUGGUAAUUCUCUUUACGCUAUGAGAGCAUGUAAAGAGCUGCGGCAAAUUGGCAUUUUGAUGUCUAUCUCUGACUUCUUUCUCCAUCCGACCUUAGGCCAGAUGGUACAUUUCAUUGCUACGGCAAAUGUGUUUCAACCAGAGGAAGCUGAACAACCCCGGCAGAGUCGCCUUCAUAUUCCUGAGAUUGUCAGUAGUGAGCUCCACCAGAUGGCGGCCAAGCAAUGCGGCGUUGAUGAGGGACUGAUCGAGAAUGUCUAUCCUUGCACUUCGAUGCAGGCCGGACUGAUGACGCUCAGUGAAAUACAAGAAGGUGUAUACGUUGCAGAGCACACGUUCCGGCUUCCCAGAUCUUGGUCAAAGACAGCCUUCAUCAAUGCAUGGUUACGAGUCCUUAACGCAACUCCAAUAUUGCGGACUCGGAUUGUGCGCCAUCAGAACGGGGGACUGUAUAAUGUCACAAUGCGGUUUGACGAAUACAAGGCCCGACUAUUGGACAUGUUUCCCCAAUCAGUUCCGAUGAUCUGUGGAUCUCAAUUAUUCUUGCAUUAUCUCGGUAUGGAUCUGGAGCAUGACUGCUUGACUUGGCAUUGGCGAGUACACUAUUCCGUGUACGAUCGAUGGUCUACCGGCCUUAUUCUUGAAAUGGCUGAGAAAGAAUAUGAUCAGGUGGAGACGAUGCGCUCGACACCCUUCUGGCUGUUUUCAAGGGCCGUGGUCCAACAGGGACUAUCUGAGGAGGCGAAAGAAUUCUGGCGCUCCAGGUUAGAAUCCUUUGCUGGCAGCGUUUUUCCGCAGCUCCCUCUCAAUCAUCAUGUUUGCCGAGCCUCAAGCUCAAUUACUUUUGAAACCUCGAUUCAGAGACGAAGGUCCGUAACAACGCAAGCAACAUUGAUUCAGAGUGCUCUUGCAUUACUGAUCUCGAAAAUUCAUGGCGAGUCAGAUGUGGUCUUCGGAAUGACCAUCCAUGGAAGAGCAUUGUUUGAUUGUCCGGAUGCUGAAAAGGUCGUCGGCCCGGCUAUUGCAACGGUGCCUAUGCGGUUGCAGCUUGACGGCUUUAUACAUGUCCAUGAAUUUCUCAAGCAGGUGCAGACACAGGCGGCUCUCAUGUCUGACUACGAGCACUAUGGCAUACAGAACAUGAAAUCAAUUGGGCCAGGUUGUGCGUCUGCUGCGUCAUUUACAACGCUCUUGAUCGUACAGUCAGACCUGGAAUCUGGCAUUGGUCGCGGUCUUCGACGUAUCGUGGAACUGGACACUAGUGCCUCUGAUUUUUAUUUGCAUUAUCCGCUUGUCAUCGAAUGCUUCCCACAUUCCGAAGGCAUCAAGGUGAGGAUACGUUACGACCCUGGCGUAUUAUCCGUGUGGGAUGUGCAGAUGAUGGCCAAGCAAUUCGAACAAUUACUAGACGAAAUGGAACGCAACGCAGAUCCGUCGACAGCUAUAAUGGACUUGAGUCUAGUAAGCCCCGAAAAUACUGCCGAUCUCCUUCGAAUGAGCUGGGGUAAUCUGCUCGAACAUCGCGAAUGCCUCCAUGAGCGCAUAUUCGCCAAAGCAAAAGCCUGGAAGGAUGAAGAUGCUCUUCAUGGAUGGGACGCCAGAUACACUUAUGCCGAGCUGGAUGAUCUUGUCCGUGUUCUUGUCGCGCGCCUCUCACAAAGCCUUGGACGUAUUCCGGGAAAGAUUAUCCCGAUUUGCUAUCAAAAAUCUGCAGCCGCUAUUGUCGCAAUGUUGGCCACUCUUUCUGCGGGCCAUGCUUUUCUACUGGUUGAUCCUACUCUGCCUGCUCAGAGGAUCAAGUACAUGGUCGAAGUGGUGAAGGCUGACCAGAUAGUCUGCUCCUCCGAUACUAUACACCAUGUCCAACACAUUGUGGCUCAAACAAUCAAUUUCGAAGACAUCAUGAACGCUACCUCGCCCGCUCCAGAGUUCUUGAUGGAUGCUCCUAGCUCACCAGAAACACCGGCGUACUGCAUUUUUACGUCUGGCUCCACCGGGUCGCCAAAAGGAGUACUUCUGUUGCACAAACAAGUUACGAGUGGUCUAGAAGCACAGUGUGAUGGCGGGCUCUAUCGUCGAAAGACUCGCCUGCUCCAAUUUUCCAGCUACAGCUUUGAUACGUGCAUCGCCGACAUUUUUGCCACACUUUUGAGUGGAGGGUGUAACAUCAACGAUUUCUCCGUUAAUGCAAUCGAUCUGACGCCUUCGGUGGCAAGAAUGAUUCAACCGGACGAUGUACCUAAUUUAGAAGUGCUUCGUCUUGGGGGUGAGCCAAUGCACAAUCAUCAUAUUCACACAUGGGCGAGUCGCUGCAACCUUCAGAAUACAUAUGGUCCAACCGAAUGCUGCGUGCAAUGCACAUUUGUCGAUCACGUAGAAGACACCAUGUCUCCGUUGGUUAUUGGCAAGGGAAUUGGCUGCAAUACUUGGGUUGUGGAUCCGCAAAAUCACAAGUAUCUCAUGCCACUAGGAGCUGUAGGCGAAUUAGCGAUUCAAGGCCCUGCUGUUGCCGGUGGAUAUAUCAACAAUUUGGAGAAGUCGAGGACCUCGUUUCUCCCCAAGGCGCCGUGGCUAGAGACUUACAAUAUCGAAUGCGACUACCCAACCUAUCUUACCGGAGACCUGGUGAAGUUCAAUCAACAAGGCAACCUUGUCUUUGUUGGGAGGCGAGACAACCAGAUUCAGAUCCGAGGUCAGCGCGUAGAACCUGAGGAAAUCGAGCAUGUCCUCCAGCAAGAUCCUCUUACUGAUCAGGUUGUCGUAUGCUACCCGUCAACGGGAGUAUUCGCAUCCCAGCUAGUCGCUAUCCUCGAACCUUCUCAUUUCGACUCCGGUCUCUCCUCAUCGUCAGUCGUCGGCCAGCAGCAAUUGCCCGGACCACUUGUAAACUGGAUGGAAAGAAGUGCCCAAGAAGCAGCAGAAUUCCUCCCCAAGUAUAUGGUUCCCGCCGUAUACUUGUCGGCGGAUAAGACUUUGCUCAUGUCCUCUGGCAAGCUUAAUCGUCGAAGUAUGCAGCAAUGGCUCGAACAGCUUUCCACAGAUGAGCUCGAGUUUUUGAAUCUCUAUCAGACGGCCAAGACCUCUGAGCUAGUCACAUUAUCGCCUGACCUGCCGGAAUCGCUAAUAUCCCCAAUCGUGGAACAGAUCCAAUAUCUUCUGUCUUGGAGAUCAGGGAACUCGCAAGGCAAGUUCUCAAUUCGACACUCAUUCUCCCGCAUUGGUCUCGAUUCCAUUACCAUAGCCCCUCUUCUGAAUUGGAUCAACAAGACGUAUCAAGCGCAGAUGGAUAUGCAAACAUUACUGAGACUCGAAACGGUCCAGGAGCUCGCGUGCCACCUCCAUGGCAGAGGAGCGCAGAGCGUAAUUCGAAAUGCGUUUAGCGAAGACUACGAAGUCAUUGAAGACACCAUUUCCAAGGGAGUGAACCAACUUUGCCAGAACAAUCACAUAUAA